CUGCUCUCCUCAACCUCAACUCCCAGUCUCCUACCAACCACCGAAGAGAAGAUCCCCAAUUGCGCAACCCCCGAACCCGCGAAUUCGGGUGCACGGGUUCCGAGCAGAUUCGUGCCGUCCAAGCUUCGAAUCAACCGAUGGAGGCAGUAGCCGCGGCGCUCAGGUCGCCCGCCGCCGCCGCCGGCCCCUCGCGGCGGCCGGCGUUCCCGGGCGCGAGCUCGCUCCGCUUCGAUCGGAGGCGCAACAUCGCGUUCGGCUCCAUCAAGGGUCUCGGUCGGCAGCAGCUCACCUCUAGGAGGCGAAGCAGUGUGGUCAGGGCGUCCUGGUCCCCCUCGGAGUCGCUACCGCCGUCCUCGUCGAUCGCGCCGCUCCGGAUGGAGUCGGCGGCAGGGCAGUUCCUCUCGCAGAUUCUGCUCACGCACCCGCACCUGCUGCCCGCCGCCGCCGAGCAGCAGCUCGAGCAGCUCCAGACCGACCGAGAGGUCGAGAAGGAGAAGGGCAAGGAGAACGCCGGCAGCGACAAGCCAGCACCGUCAGGUGGCGACCUCGUGCUGUACAGGCGGAUUGCUGAGGUAAAGGAAAAGGAGCGGAGAAGGACCUUGGAGGAGAUACUCUACGCUCUGGUUGUUCAGAAGUUUGUUGAAGCUGGUGUUUCUUUGGUUCCAGCGCUCUCUCACUCCAUUGUUUCUUCUGGAAGAGUUGAUCAAUGGACAGAAACUGUGGAAGAGAGGCUUGAGCGUUUGCACUCGUGUGAGGCCUAUGAAAUGAUCGAGAACCAUCUGGCUCUCAUUCUGGGGCAAAGGCGAGCUGAUGCCACCAUUGCAGCCAUAAGUAAGCUCCGAGUUGGCCAAGUUUAUGCUGCAUCUGUGAUGUACGGUUAUUUCCUCAAGCGAAUUGAUCAGAGGUUUCAGCUCGAGAAGUCGAUGAAGAGCCUCCCUUGGGGAUCAGAAGAGGAGGAUGAUGCCUUGACUCAAGUUAUGACGACCGACUCAAGGCCUUCCGCUCAGACUUCUAGCUCUCACCCAGAGAUGGCCUCAUGGACGUUCCCUAACGUCAACACAGGGGGCCCUAGCCAAGCUGUCAAGCCAUGCCGCCUUAGAUCAUAUGUCAUGUCAUUUGAUUCAGACACAUUACAGAGGUAUGCAACAAUUAGGUCAAAGGAAGCCUUUGGCAUCGUCGAAAAGCACACAGAGGCGCUAUUUGGGAAACCAGAGAUUGUGAUCACACCUGAAGGCACAGUUGAUUCUUCCAAGGAUGAACAUAUUAGGAUAAGUUUCGCAGGGUUGAGAAGGCUGAUCCUGGAGGCCGUUACUUUUGGAUCCUUCCUCUGGGAUGUUGAGAGCUUUGUGGAUUCCAGAUACCACUUUGUGACCAACUAGUUGGGUCCAAAGAUUGUCAUCCCAGAGACUGAAGAUUCAUGCUAUGUGUAUCUGGUCUGAUGUCUAUGGGCUUCAGUAAAGACUGUUUUACAAUGGUGUUACUGUUAUGGCACAACGCGCUGUGUGCAGAACUUUCUAUGAUUUUGCCCAGAUUGUGAAGAUGAAAUAUCAUUAGCCCAAUAUUUAGCUAA